CCCACCGCUUCGCACUCAACAGCACAUCGCACGCCUGUCGCACGGUCUUUACGUCCUCAACCGCGGAAUCUACGACCUAAUAAAGCUAGUUCAGGACACACGCCGCCAUCAUGAAGCUCGUCAGGUUUCUCAUGAAGUGCCAGAACGAGACGGUCACGGUCGAGCUCAAGAAUGGCACAAUUGUCAAUGGAACCAUCGCCUCCGUCUCUCCGCUCAUGAAUGUUGCCCUACGGACAGUAAAAUACACUCCCCGUGGCCGCGACACCGUUACCCUGGACACUAUGACCGUCCGAGGCUCAACCGUCCGCUACAUCAUCCUGCCCGAUUCUCUUCCCCUCGACACACUCCUCAUUGACGAUGCGCCAAAGCCCAAGAACAAGGCGAGGAAGGAGACGGACCGAGGUGGUCGCGGUGGCGGCGGCGGUGGACGAGGCGGCCCUAGGGGUCGCGGUGGACGUGGAGGCGGCCGCGGCAGGGGACGCGGACGAGGAAUGUGAGGAAGCGGCAGGAUCUGAACGUGUCUUGAUCAUCAAUUUGCGUUGCGGCAGGAAGGCAGGGAUCAAGCGGAAGAGAGGCCCUACAUUUGGGCAACAAAAAGCACAGGGUACGGGACUCCAAAUACUGCGUACACGAGAGAUUGAUAUCGGCCAGGGCCGCGUCGGGCUGAUACCGGCGUGCGAAGCUAGGAAGCAGUCACCAUUUUUGGCUCACUGGAGCUUGUGGAUAGUUGAGGCCAGAUGAAGCACCAACGACGAAUUGAUACCAUUACUCCUUCCC